UUGUUCCUGUGUCAAAAAGACAAGCUAGCUGAUAAUAGUCUACGGUAGCCGUCUGGGGCAGUUAGCUAUCGAGCAAACCAACUUUAUCAGGCGAAAUUGACAACACGUCGGACUUUAAAACUUUUAGACGGCACAUUUCAUCUGAGGACUACAUCGGAUAGCAGUUUCACAAAGGAAAGCUCUGGAGAAUAGCUAGAUAUCUUCACUAGUUACUCAGCAAGCCCAUCGUUAGCUUAGCCUGGUUUGGUAGCAACACCAGCAAACCGACCGACAUUACAGUGAGAAACUGGUUUUGACAACUUGUAGAUUCUUUAAACGUCUAAGUAUAUUUUGCAGUCUUGAUUGAUUGCAGCUUUUAGAUCGGUUGUCGGUGGUUUCCGUCGGUCUCGUUGUGGAUCACCGGAUCGGUCUCGUCGGCCGGUUGGGUAACGCUAGCAGCUAGCCAAGGUUUCUCAUUUGAGACAGAUUUGCUGGCUUUUAUAAAACCCCACACAGCUGGAAAUGAAUUCAAACGUGGAGAACUUGCCGCCUCAAGUGUUGAGACUCGUCUAUAAAGAGGUUUCUGCCUUGGCAGCGGACCCUCCGGAGGGGAUCAAAAUCUACCCCAGUGAAGAGGACAUCACAGAGCUGCACACUGCCAUUGAGGGCCCUGAAGGAACUCCAUAUGCGGGAGGGGUAUUCCGGAUGCGAUUGGUCCUUGGGAAGGAUUUUCCUGCUGCACCUCCCAGAGGCUAUUUCCUCACAAAGAUUUUCCAUCCUAAUGUUGGGCACAAGGGUGAGAUCUGUGUCAAUGUGCUGAAAAGAGACUGGAAGGCAGAGCUGGGCCUGAGACAUGUAUUGCUAACUAUCAAGUGCCUUCUGAUCCAUCCUAACCCAGAGUCGGCCUUGAACGAAGAAGCUGGGAGGUUACUUUUGGAGGACUAUAAGGAGUAUGCAUCCCGUGCUCGCCUUCUAACAGAGAUCCAUGCUAUGGGAGGCACAUCAGGGGCCCCUCAAGAGCCUGCUGAUGGACCCCAACCCAAAAAGCAUGCAGGAGACCCAAACAAACGUGUAGCCGGGGCUGGUUUGGUAACAAAUGGUGUUGCCACCAACAAUUUAAGUAACAGCAGCUCCAGUGGCAAUACUAAUAUAGUUGCAAAGAAGAAAACUGAUAAAAAACGAGCUCUGAGGCGGCUAUAAAAGAGAAUAAAUCUGUGCUUUUUGUGUACAUAAUAUAAAUAUUGAAGUGUGCAGACCACCUUUUCUCCUUCUUAAUUUGUCUUACCAUUUUUAGGAUAACACGUUCAUUUUGCCAUGCUCCUACCAGAUCACUCCUUUCCUUUUUGUUCCCUUGUCUCUUUCAACUUGCUCUCAGGACUUGAACUGUCUUUGUGACAAUUCUCUCUUUGUUUCGUGCACGAAAGGGGUUUUCAUCUGUGUAUCAGAAGUUUUACAAUUGUUUAGAGUAUGAAAACAGUAGUAAAAUUUUUGACAGUUCAUUUGUGGCCUCUAGAAUUAUCAUGACCAUAAGCAGGAUUUUUCUGUGUACUGUCAGCACAGAAUUUAUAAUAUAUUUAGAUUACAGGUUUGAUGGGACAGUUACUGUAAAGCUGUCCUGUUGUAGUUGGACUGAACACAUUAAGUUUUUAUUUUUUUCAAGGGUUUAAUGAAGAAUAGUACAUUGCACAGAAUAUGACCAUUGUGUGUUUGUGGUGAAAGAGAUGCAGGAUCAGGAAUAACAGAGGGGGAGUUAAAAUGUGGUCUGAACAUUAGUCAUAUGAAUAUUACGUUUGUUUGUUUAUUUAUAUAUAUAUAUAUAUAUAUAUAUAUAUAUAUAUAUAUAUAUAUAUAUAUAUAUAUAUAUAUAUAUAUAUAUAUAUAUAUAUAUAUAUAUACAUAUACACGUGUGGUAUUUUAAUUGUUUCCAAGUUUUUACUAAAUUUGUCUGUUCGUUUCUAUUUUAUAGUUCACUUUUCAAAAGGCUUUUUUCCAUUUUUAAGUUAAAGGCUAUGUUUCCCUGACAGUGAUGCUUGAGAUUGAGUCCUUAAAGCCUUUAGGCCAGUCAGGGUAGAGCAAUGGGGCUAAUAGUUAAUCAUGAAAUAUGAGCCAGAAGUGGUGUUCAGUCUCAUCUUUGAAAUGAAGUAGUUUGGUUAUACUUCUCAGUAAGAACAUUAAUCCCUUUUUAUAUGACCACACAGCUGCAAUUUUCUCUGGCUCUACUGGUCUCUCAAUCAAAAGGCUGUUGAGGAAUCUUCUCUGGUAGUCUGUUGUUGCCCGUUGUUACAUUUAUAUGGGGCCUUCAGUUCCCAAAGAUCCUCUCUAACAAAGUGAUCUGAACUUUGGACAAGAUGUGUUUGCAGAAACAGUUUACCCAUAUUUAAAUUUGUGGAUAAACAAUAGGGUAUUUUGUGGCCAUUAUUUAAGUUAUUUAAAUUAAUAAGAAAUAAAGGAAUUUUAGGGA